AUGUGUAUCAAGUCUGUAAUUGUAUCCCCUAUCGAUGGGCUUGCUCAAUGGGAGGAAAAUUUUCUUGAAAACCUCAUAAAUCAACAAAAAUAUGAACUUCUGCUUAUGUUCAGUGGAAGUAUGGAAGAUACAGAAAUGUUUGACCUUGGCCUCAUUAGUUUCAAUCUCUCAAAAUUUUGGUUUUCCACGGCUCAAAUGUAUACUGUCUACAGAAUAACCCCUAUCUCUAAGCGCUUGCCUAUAGCCAUUGGCAUUGCAGAUAUUUUAGCCGUGAGUGGAAAGGAAAAACUAGCCCUCAAUUAUUAUAGCACCGCCAUCGGCUUGAUUCAAAAAUUUUCAAGAAAUAACAUAGACCUAUAUAAUUACUGUACGGGUCAAAAAGCCUUGAUUGAAAAAAAGUUUGAAAAGCUAAAAGAAAGCUCCCGGAUUGAUUUAAUACCAUGCCAACAGAAAUCAAUGUUGUUUGUCGACUAUGAUUUUUUUGAGGCAAAGAUGUGCAUCUUUGAAUACUUCUUAAGCUCGAUACCUUGUCCAGGAAAGGAUGAUUAUGAAUUUGCUUGGAAUGUCAUCAAAGACUGGAAUUUAUACAAGUCUACUAGCUCCAUUGUAUUGUCUGGCAUUGUUACAAAAGGUAACUUAGAUCUAGAAAAAUCCUUGGAUGCAACAUUUAACUUUAUCUCUAGUUUUCCUUUGAAAUUAUUGUCCAAGAAAAUGAUGGCUUACUCUUCAGUAGAAUAUAUUAUUGACGAAAAUCUAAUGAAAUUUGAAGAUGCUAUGUUUGGUGGGGAGCCAACAAUGGAGCAAAUAAUUUCCAAAUCAGAAAUCUUUCACAAAGAUCAGAGCUAUUUAAGGUAUCUUCUUAUUUAUUUGAAAAGCAAAUUGAUAUUAAGCGUGAAAAAAUUCAUUUUGGCAAAUACGGAUAAAACAUUCAUAAUAUGUGAGUUUGACAUGAUCACAAAAUUCUGCCAAUUACUAAUAGAGUUGAUCAAACCUGAUUCUGAAUCAAAUUUAUUGAAAAAGUAUGCAGAGAAAAGAAAGAAGUUCCUACAUACCUACCAAAAUGAUAUUGAGGCGUUCCAAGACGAAAUUUUGAAGAUUGGGAUGACAUCAAUUAUAUACACGUUCUUGGCUUAUAGAGAUGAUGAAGCAUUAACUAAAUACUGUUUGAAUCCUGAAAUUAGAGUCUUGAAAAUAAAGCUGUUCAAAAAAAGUGUUUUUCUACUUAGAACACUGUAUAUCAUGUUCAAGGCUCGUAACCUAGAGCUAGAAAAUAGAACAAUUAUUAAAAAAGUUAUGGUGUAUAGUGAUGAAAUUAUGGCGUUUUUAGCUGCGGAGGAGAUCCUACCUGAAUCAAAUGAAAACAGAAUGGAAAAGUUUAGGAAAACUAAUAAAUUUUUUACGGAACGACUUAUAGCAGGCUACAUCAGUUUGUUAGAAAGAAAUGCCAGUGAUGAUUCAAGUAAUCUAUCUUUAAUCAAGCAUCUCAUGUAUUGUAUCCUACUACAGGGCGGUUACCAUAUUUCCGUGAUCUGGUUUUUAAGUCGUUUGAGCGAGUUUGCUCAAAUGAAAAGUGCCGUUUCUUUGAUAAGUGAUGAGGAUGACAAUGAUGAUUUUCACUCUGCCAUGUUCGGGGGGAAUGUCACACAGUAUAAAGAGGAGUUUGAGUUAAUCAUUAGAAAAAUAUGUUUGGCUCAAGAAAGUGUAGAAGUCAUCAAGCUCAAAAGUUAUGAGAAUGAUCAGGAGAUCGAAAUUGAAAAGUCACAAAGCUACACUCAUAGAAACGGGCACCAUUUGAUUUUGCCACAAGUGAUUAUCAACUCAGAGAACGAGCUCAUUUUCUUACCUGAGUUUAGCAAUUUUAUCCAAGACGGGAAUACCAUAAGGAUGAAUUUGACAGGAGGAAAGCAAGAUGUUGAUAAGGGGGAGAAAUGGCAAGAAGGUAAAGACAAAAUAAGUGCCAACACCUACAUAAAAUUAAAAGGUAUAUUGAGACCUACUAGAGAAUCCAUUUACGAGUGCAUCAAGAAAAGCGAUAUUUUGAUCGAAAGUAUCUUGAACUCGGGCAAGAUCGCUCUAGUGAAGGAUCUGAAGAGAAGUCACCAAGCCAGACAGCUAAUUGAUGAUGCAUGUGGCAGAAUGGUACUGCCAUACAUGGGCGAGGAUGAAAUCUUGGAGGAAUAUGGUGAAUGGAAUAGGCAGAAAAGGGCAGAUAAAACGAUGCUGGAACAUGUUGUUAGAGAGAAAGUUCAGCAAUAUCGAAGGGAAUUUCCCCUCUCGGAAAGCGAACGCGAGACCAGAGAGGCUUUGUGGCGCAGAAUGGUGAGCAGUGGCGCAGCAGGCUAUACUGCUAAAAUGAUUCUAGAGUAA